CCAACCAGGCUGGGUGCCUCCACCCAGAAGGUGUCACCACCCUAGCUGAAAGUGUUUGGGGAGGUCAGGCAUUGCUGUCUGGAUGCUCAUCUCUCUCAGUGGCCAUCAUGUCUUUGACCUCUGCAUACCAGCAUAAAUUAGCAGAGAAGCUCACUAUCCUGAAUGACCGCGGUCAGGGGGUCCUCAUCCGGAUGUAUAACAUCAAGAAGACUUGUUCAGACCCCAAAUCCAAGCCCCCUUUCUUACUGGAAAAGUCCAUGGAAUCAUCUCUCAAGUACAUCAACAAGAAAUUUCCCAACAUAGAUGUCCGAAACAGCACGCAACAUUUAGGACCAGUACAGCGGGAAAAAUCUGAGAUAAUUAGAUACCUUACCAACUACUACCAGUCAUUUGUGGAUGUUAUGGAAUUUCGGGACCAUGUGUAUGAGCUUCUCAACACCGCUGAUGCCUGUCAGUGCCACUUUGACAUCAAUCUCAACUUCGACUUCACUCGGAGUUACCUGGACUUGAUAGUGACUUACACCUCAGUUAUUUUACUUCUGUCACGGAUUGAGGAUCGACGGGUACUCAUUGGCAUGUUCAACUGUGCCCAUGAGAUGCUGCAUGGACACAGUGACUCCAGUUUUGCCCGUCUGGCUCAGAUGGUCUUGGAGUAUGACCACCCUCUGAAGAAGCUGACAGAGGAGUUUGGGCCUCACACAAAGGCUGUGAGUGAAGCCCUCCUCUCUUUGCAUUGCCUCUUUGUCCGAAGGAACCAAGGGGCUGAGCAGUGGCGCAGUGUCCAGCUUCUGAGUCUUAUCGGCACAGCCUCAGCCAUGAUUAACCCUGCUAAUUCAGACACUAUGGCCUGUGAGUACCUGUCUGUGGAAGUGAUGGAGCGCUGGAUUGUCAUUGGGUUUCUUCUUUGUCACGGGUGCCUCAACUCCAAUGCCGACUGCCAGAAACUGUGGAAGCUGUGUCUGCAGGGCUCCCUGUACAUCACCCUCAUCCGGGAGGAUGCACUCCAGGUGCACAAAGUCACCGAGGACCUCUUUAGCAGUUUGAAAGGGUAUGGCAAGCGAGUGGCCGACAUAAAGGAAAGCAAGGAACAUGCAAUUGCAAACAGUGGCCAGUUUCACUCUCAACGGCGCCAGUUUCUACGAAUAGCUGUGAAGGAGCUGGAGACUGUGUUAACCGAUGAACCAGGACUACUGGGUCCCAAGGCCCUUUAUGCGUUCAUGGCCCUGUCCUUCAUUCGUGAUGAAGUCACUUGGCUGGUUCGCCACACAGAAAAUGUCACCAAGACGAAGACACCUGAGGACUACGUUGACUCGAGCAUCGCAGAACUGCUUUUCCUGUUGGAGGAGGUUAGGGCUCUGGUCCGAAGACACAUCAAGGUGAUUCAGCAGUACCACCUUCAGUACCUGGCCAGAUUUGAUGCCCUCGUGCUCAGUGACAUCAUUCAAAACCUGUCUGUGUGUCCUGAGGAGGAGUCCAUCAUAAUGUCCUCAUUCGUCAGUACUCUCUCCUCUCUGAAUCUCAAACAAGUUGAUAAUGGAGAGAAAUUUGAAUUUUCUGGAUUGAGACUAGACUGGUUCCGUCUACAGGCAUAUACCAGUGUGGCUAAGGCUCCCCUGCACUUGCAUGAGAACCCAGACUUAGCCAAGGUGAUGAACCUCAUUGUCUUUCACUCCCGAAUGCUGGACUCAGUAGAGAGUAUGCUGGUGGAAACUUCUGAUUUAUCUACUUUCUGCUUUCAUCUCCGUACCUUCGAGAAGAUGUUUGCUGUGACCCUGGAGGAACCUACCAUGUUCCGUUAUGCCAUUGCUUUCCCCCUCAUCUGUGCUCACUUUGUCCACUGCACGCAUGAGAUGUGCCCAGAGGAGUACCCUCACCUGAAGAACCAUGGCCUUCAUCACUGCAACUCCUUCCUGGAAGAGCUGGCCAAGCAGACGAGCAACUGCGUCCUGGAGAUCUGUGCAGAGCAGCGAAACCUGAGCGAGCAGCUUCUCCCGAAGCACUGCGCCACUACCAUCAGCAAGGCCAAGAACAAGAAAACCAUGAAGCAGAGGCAGACUCCCAGAAAAGGAGAGCCUGAGAGGGACAAGCCAGGAGCGGAGAGCCACCGGAAAAACCGCAGCGUUGUCACCAACAUGGACAAGCUACACCUAAACUUGACGGAGUUGGCGCUGACAAUGAAUCAUGUACAGAGCUUCUCUGUGUUUGAACACACCAUCUUCCCUUCUGAGUAUCUCAGCAGCCACCUGGAGGCCAGAUUCAACAGAGCCAUUGUGUGGCUGGCUGGCUACAAUGCUACAACCCAGGAGAUCGCCAGGCCUUCUGAGCUGUUGGCAGGAGUCAAAGCGUACAUCAGUUUCAUACAGUCACUGGCCCAGUUUCUGGGUGCAGAUGUGUCCAGAGUCAUCCGCAAUGCCCUCCUGCAGCAGACACAGCCACUGGACUCGUGUGGGGAGCAGACUAUCACCACUCUCUACACAAACUGGUACCUAGAAAGUCUGCUUAGACAGGCAAGCAGCGGGACCAUCAUCCUCUCGCCAGUCAUGCAGGCCUUCAUCAGCCUCCCCAGAGAGGGGGAGCAGAACUUCAGCGCAGAGGAGUUCUCUGACGUCUCUGAGAUGCGGGCCUUAGCUGAACUCUUGGGCCCAUACGGCAUGAAGUUCCUGAGUGAAAACCUGAUGUGGCAUGUGACUUCGCAAAUUGUGGAGCUGAAGAAGCUGGUGGUAGAAAACAUGGAUGUACUUGUUCAGAUCAGAUCCAACUUCAACAAGGCGGACUUGAUGGCUUCUUUGGUGCCCCAGCUGACAGGGGCUGAUAAUGUGCUGAAGCGCAUGACCAUCAUUGGAGUUAUCCUCAGUUUUAGGGCCAUGGCCCAAGAGGGACUUCGGGAGGUUUUCUCCGCCCACUGCCCGUUUCUCAUGGGUCCCAUCGAAUGCCUGAAGGAGUUUGUCACUCCAGACACAGAUAUCAAGGUGACCUUGAGCAUCUUUGAGCUGGCAUCUGCUGCGGGGGUGGACUGUGACAUUGAUCCAGCCCUGGUGGCUGCCAUUGCCAAUCUGAAAACUGAUUUGUCAUCCCCUGAGGAAGAAUAUAAAGUGGCCUGCCUGCUCUUGAUCUUUCUGGCCGUUUCCCUCCCACUCCUUGCCAUGGAUGCUGCCUCCUUCUACAGCAUUGAGAAGGAUGGUUACAGCAACAAUAUUCACUGCUUGACCAAAGCCAUCAUCCAGGUAUCUGCUGCCCUCUUCACAGUCUACAACAAGAACAUUGAAACCCACCUCAAGGAAUUUCUCGUGGUGGCUUCUGUCAGCCUCCUGCAGCUGGGCCAAGAGACUGACAAGCUUAAAACCAGAAACCGGGAGUCCAUUUCUCUGCUCAUGCGCUUGGUGGUGGAGGAGUCCUCUUUCCUGACCCUGGACAUGCUGGAGUCCUGUUUCCCAUAUGUGUUGCUUCGAAAUGCCUAUCGGGAGGUCUCCCGGGCCUUCUACCUGAACCGAGUGUCGGCCAGUACCCACUGAAAGGUCUUUGGACCUACCUAAACCCGUGCUGCACUGGAAGCUGUGGCUAUUUUCUCAGAGGGUGGGAAUGAGGUGGGGUCACUAGGGAGAGGAUCAGCCAGAACUGGUGAAGAGGGAGAUGGAGAAACAGCCCAGGGCUGAGAAAUCAUAGAGAACUGGGGCCAACUGGGGCAGGGGGUGGAGGGCUUUUUUCAUGGAAAGGAGUUAUGGUGUUGGGGCCAGGUAUAUGAAUUUUUACAAUGAAAAAAAAAAAGUGACCCUCAAGUAUGUUUUCUAUCUCCUGGGGACCAGAGCUUGAGUUCUGACUGGCAUGGGUCUCUCCGACCUUCAUCACUAUUCUAGGAUAAUGUUGGCGGGCAGAGAUGAUCAAUCAUCAUAUUAAACCAUAAUGAGCUUAUAACCCUCCCACUGGAGCUGCUAUUGUCUCCUGCACAUUCAUUAGGACGAUUAUCUCUCUUCCUUUUCCAAAUGUGUUCAGCAAGCAUUCAGCCUGCUCCUCCUGCACUGCCAAGUAGUAGCAGAGGAACACUUUUUCCCUUUGUGGGGGCUCUUUUAGGAGUCGUGGGUCUGUUUGUCUGCCUUCAGCUCUCCAGCCUGCAGGGGCAAUGAGGAAGUGCUCUUGGGAUCCCGAUUUUCACUGCCCCAGCUCUCCCCCCCCCGCCCCCCACCUCACCUGCCCUACCACACCCUUGUAGGUAAGAGUAAGUUCUCACGUCUCUAACUGGAACCCCUCCUUCUUUCGCUUGACAUCGCCACAAACCAGGGCAGAGGGUCAGUCCAGAGUAAUUCUAGGACAACUAAUUGGACCAGUGUCACGCGAGUUCCCGUCACAUACCAUUUGGGGGUAUUCUCCCUCCUAACUGGAGGGACUAACUUAACCCAAAUCCCCUUGUCAUCCUGGGUACAGCUGUUGCUCCAGGCAGGGAUUUCUCUUCUGGAUCUUAAAUUUCACAGACCUCAUUAGGUUACAGGGCCCUGAGAGUGGGUAUACUUGAGGGAGUACAAGCUGUUUCAACCUAGCCCUUUCCUGCACUAAUUAGAAUUUCAAGUGUUGCAAAGCCCCAGGCGUUUAAGAUAGCAUUAAACUAGGUUUAGUUAACUCCCUGGCAGGAAACAGUGCCCCCCCCCCCCUCCGCCACCUCCCGCCAUCCAUCACUUCUGUGCCAGGGAGGACUGGAGCAACAGAUCAUAUAUGUCACAGGUCUGGAGUGGUUGGAAUGGACAAUAUAAGUAAAUAAUUGAUUAAUUAGGGUCAUGUCUAUACUUCCAGGAUAAAAGGGAAGCAAUUUUUGGUUUUCAGCAAAUCCAUCCGGAGUUCAUUAAAGCUAUUUGUUAGCUGUGUUUA